AUGUUGGAUGAAAAUAACCAUCUUAUUCAGUGUAUAAUGGACUAUCAGAACAAAGGAAAGACGUCUGAAUGCUCUCAAUACCAGCAGAUGCUGCAUACAAACUUGGUUUACCUAGCCACUAUAGCUGACUCCAACCAGAACAUGCAGUCUCUACUACCAGCACCACCCACACAGAAUAUGCCUAUGGGUCCGGGUGGGAUGAGUCAGAGCGGCCCUCCCCCACCUCCGCGCUCCCACAACAUGUCUUCAGAUGGUAUGGUAGGUGGGGGCCCUCCUGCACCACACAUGCAGAACCAGAUGAACGGCCAGAUGCCUGGACCUAACCAUAUGCCUAUGCAAGGACCUGGACCUAACCAACUCAAUAUGACAAACAGUUCCAUGAACAUGCCUUCAAGUAGCCAUGGGUCAAUGGGCGGCUAUAAUCAUUCAGUGCCAUCCUCACAGAGUAUGCCAGUGCAGAAUCAGAUGACUAUGAGCCAGGGACAGCCAAUGGGCAACUAUGGUCCCAGACCAAACAUGAACAUGCAGCCAAACCAAGGUCCAAUGAUGCACCAGCAACCUCCCUCCCAACAAUACAACAUGCCACAAGCAGGUGGCCAGCAUUACCAAGGGCAGCAGCCACCUAUGGGAAUGAUGGGCCAAGUUAACCAAGGGAAUCACAUGAUGGGUCAGAGACAGAUUCCUCCAUACAGGCCACCACAGCAAGGCCCACCACAGCAGUACUCAGGCCAGGAAGACUAUUAUGGGGACCAAUACAGUCAUGGUGGACAAGGUCCUCCAGAAGGCAUGAACCAGCAAUAUUACCCUGAUGGUCAUAAUGAUUACGGUUAUCAGCAACCGUCGUAUCCUGAACAAGGCUACGAUAGGCCUUAUGAGGAUUCCUCACAACAUUACUACGAAGGAGGGAGCUCGCAAUAUGGUCAGCAGCAAGAUGCAUAUCAAGGACCACCCCAACAGCAGGGUUAUCCACCACAACAGCAGCAAUAUCCAGGCCAACAAGGCUAUCCAGGACAACAGCAGGGUUAUGGCCCCUCUCAGAGUGGUCCAGGACCUCAGUAUCCUAAUUAUCCACAAGGACAAGGCCAGCAGUAUGGGGGAUACAGACCCACGCAGCCUGGGCCACCACAACCACCACAGCAGAGGCCUUAUGGAUAUGACCAGGGUCAGUACGGAAACUAUCAGCAGUGAAAAAGUACUCACAUUCCGGUAGGCAAUAUCUACUAGCAGCCAUAUUGUCUCCUCAGCACUGUGGACAUCUUCCUGAGAUGAGAGCCUUCCCAUUCCAUCUAGAUUUUGGAAAAAUCUUGUGGCUGUUUUAUAGUAUACAGUCUUUAAGGGUUAAUUGUUAAAGACUGUAGAUUCUCAGAAACUGGUUUCACAUCUCUACUCUAGAUGGCAAUAUUGGACAGAAAAUACGUGACAUAACAAUUUGCAGUGAGUUGAGAACUGUAUGUCAAAUGAGACUGUUACAUACUGAAAGGUGCGAACAGCUUUGUAUGUUUAUGAAGGUUAUGGGAAUUUAAUAUUUUUUCCACAGAUUUUUUUUGUAGGGGAAAAGGGGAAAUGCACACUUUUUACAGCAGCAAUAUUUUGUAUAUUAUGUUUUUCAUGUGAUGAAUAUGCAAGACAGCACGCUAUUCAUGGGGCAGGAUAAGAAAUAUACUGUUAAAAAGGAGUAGGGGCAUGAAUAAGUGAUUGAUUGUAUAAGUCUCGAAAUGGUGUACAAUAAAGAUAAUAGUAAAAA